AUGGAACUGAGAAAUAGGAAAAUUUCACCUGAAAUUGAACCUAAUAAACGUAAAUAUUCGUGUUUUCAAAACUUUGGGAAUUACUGUAGAGAAUACUGCAGGGAGGGAACUUUGCAUGGAGUUAAAUAUUUAGGUGAAAAAAGAACGUUUAUUGAGAAGUUAUGGUGGGCCAUAAGCAUGGCGGUUGCCCUAUACCUCUGCGUAACGCUGAUCCUAAAAACGUACGAAAAAUGGGAAAGAUCGCCGGUUAUCGUAACAUUUGCCACAAAGGAGACACCGAAUUUGAUGAUCCCCUUCCCAUCUGUUACGAUUUGUCCGGAUACAAAGUCCCUUCCGGGAAAGUACAAUUACACGAAGUAUUAUAGAAUGUUGAGGGAAAAUAAAACUUUAGAGCCAGACAUGGAGAAAAAAUUUGGAUACCUAUCGUUGUUAUGUGACCGCAAGAAUGAAAUCAACUAUGCCGAUUUGAAAGAUCAAUUAGCUGGAAACCAGUUGUUUGACUUUAUAGAUGAGGUAUCCCCGAAAUUUUCCGACAUGAUAUCCGAGUGCAAGUUCAUGGGUGUCGAAGAAAACUGUACAGAAUUAUUCUUUCCAAUAAUUACGGACGAAGGUCUAUGCUAUACCUUUAAUUUACUAGACAGGUCACAACUAUUAAGAGAUGACGUUGUAAUAUAUAAAGAUUACCACAAAGCACCACGGCUAUCGAAUUGGACAAUACAGUAUGGAUAUGGAGAAAAUGAUUCCUUGAUAACAUAUCCGAGAAGGGCGCUCUUUUCAGGAGCCAUAUUUGCCUUAGAAGCCAAAUUGAAAAUAUACGAGCAAGAUUUGGAUUUUGCAUGUGGGUCAUCGGUUCAGGGAUAUAAGGUGCAACUAUCACAUCCUGCAAGGAUGCCAAGGCCGAAACAGCAGCACUUCAGGAUACCCCUGAACCACGUAUUCCUCUCAGCUGUGACACCGGAUAUGACCACUACUGCGGACGCUAUAAAAAGCUACAGUCCUCUGAAGAGGAACUGCUACUUUCCUAACGAAAAAUCUUUGAAGUACUUUAAAGUGUACUCUCAACAAAGCUGUCAAAUUGAGUGUAAAACUAAUUACACCCUGAAUGAAUGUGGAUGUGUAAAUUUUUACAUGCCUAGAAACAAUGAGACGAAGUUUUGUACAGGCAGUAAAAUCGCAUGUAUUUACGAUGCUGAAAAGGCACUGCUCUUCUCAUGGAUGGCUAAGAAACUGGAAGCGAUACACGAAGGCAAGGUCGCCCAAGAUAUGUGUGACUGUCCACCAGUUUGCACGUCAAUGUACUAUAACGUGGAAAACUCACAAACUACCUGGGAUUGGAAGAGGCAUUAUGAUCCUGAAAAUGGAACGAAACACAUGUCGCACUUCCAAGUAUUUUUCAAGAGUAGUCAAUUUAUAACUAUGGAAAGGAACGAACUUUUCGGCAUCACCGACUUCUUGGCAAACUUUGGAGGCUUGCUUGGACUCUUCAUUGGAUUUUCCAUGCUAUCUCUAAUAGAAAUAAUUUACUACUUAACACUGCGAAUAAUUUGUAAUAUCAAACUCUUCGGAAUUAAUAAUUGGUCAGGACGAAAAGAAUAAAAUUACUCUUCAUGUUUGUCUUAAACAUUUGAGCGGGUUUUGCAUGAACUUGCAAAUGUCCGUAACUAUUUGGCGGCUUUUCAGGAACCGAGAGUUGAACCGUCGGACAACAUGACAAAGCGAAUUGAUGCAUUUUUAUUAAUAUAAACCUUUAGAUUUAUAAUAUACCGGAUGUUUCUAAGUAAUAUUAAAGCAACUCAUUUGAGUACAUGGCACUGAAAUUAUUUUUUUUUCAGCCUUUUACGAUGUAUUUCAUAAAAUGAUUCAUUGUUUUUUCAAUUUUUUUAAUGUAAGUGCUUCGUAAGAAGACAUGUCCUAGCAACAAUCUCAAUGUGUCACAGAGCCGUAGCUGUAGGAACUAGCGCCUGCGUUAUUGAUAUAAUUCAUAUAAUCAUAUGCACAUUUCUAUUUUCGGCUUUAUUUCAGGGCUAUUAUUUAGGUAUACGUUGUGUUUCACUUUUCAUAUCACUCUUAUCUGAAAUUAUAUUUGCAAAGCGCUUAAUGUCAUAUAACUAAAUUUGAUUUUAGUCAUAGUUUUAGUAAUUGUUAAAUCAAAAUUAUUAGAGAUAGUUAUACUUUUUCUUUCACAUUUUAUUUUCGUAUGAAUCUUUGAACAAAUUUAGUCGACAAGAAUUUAGUGUAGAUAUCCCUAAAAUUUGGAAAGUAACUAAAAUGCUUGCCAAACUUUAAGCCCAGAUUCUUUAUAGCAAAUUAAUAAAAAAGUUUCUGCACUUAAACAUGUGUUCGGAAACACUAUGUAUCAUCAUUUUUUUUUAAAAUAACUUGCUGCCAUAACAUUUUAAGCAAUAACUACCUACACAUGGCAUAGCGACAUGAGACAAGAAAAUUUUUUUAAAGUCUUAGUACUUUAUCACUACAGUGGAAAUUACCAAGUCCACCUCCUAAACUAAAGAAAUGUGACACGUUCAUACACUUGUGGACAAUCAGAAACUAUAGGUAUUCUGUCCUCAAAAUGAAACAUUUCUAGAUGUGUGUUUAAAAGACUGUUUUCAUUAAUUUGUUACAUAAACUCCACAAAUAAAGUUUAGCAAAGCAUUUUAGUUACUUCCUCCUUGUAUAAAUUUCAAAAUUAUACAGACUUAGGAUGAGACCUAUAUAUUCAGAUCUUUAGAAACUGAAUCAGCCAUAGAAACUGCACGUUCACCCUCCAACAUUUUCUUAAAUUGCAGUAAGUUUCCGUGGGCACAGACGAGUCUACACAUCAUAUUUGUGGGGCCUGUUGCAUAUUUUGAGUAUUCAAACAUUCAGUCAACUCUUGCAAUCGUUCAGAUAAAAUUCUACAAUCGGCAAAUUCAAACUACAACAGUCACAUGCAGAAAAUUGAGUGAUACGAUUUUUUCAAUAGACCAUGAACAUAAAUUGCUAACACACAGACACUGCAUAAAGUAAGAUCUAUUCGCCCCAUACACGGACAUAUGUGUACGAAGAAAAAAUCACUCCUGUAGCCCUGCAGUACUAAAUAAAUACCAGAAGCCCCCAACUGAUUAAGGCUCCAGAAUCUGUGAGAACUUUACAAUUAGAGGGCUUCUUUUGGAUGCAGCACUGAAAAGGAGUCUAUCUGGAGUUAGUAUGAAAUCUCUGAAUAUAGUUGUAAAUGGAUCAAGAAAAUCGACUCGGUUAUAAAACUAUACCUUAGAGGCUUUUUUAUUCGUUUUAUUUUAUCUUCGAACCAUGAUUAUUUUUUUCCUUCAUUUUAUAUUUUAGGUUCUUUUUAACAUCAGGUAGUAAUUACUGGAAAAUAAGUUUUUUAAGAUUUUAAAGAUGGCUUUUGGCAAUUUAAAAACAGGAGAACGAUGGGGCAGAUUCGGUUUUGGCAGUCCAAGUACGUUGGUACAUGGGUCCCAUCUGUGGAACCUACCACUGUUUGUGUGCAUGUAUUAUUUUUUUAGAUAUUUGUAAUGAAAUAAUUAACUGUGUUUGAAAACAUUAUUUCUUUAGACGUUACUUCAUGCAGUUAAUAUAAUUUUUAAUAUAAUUAAGAUUCAUAUGUAUAAGAAUAAACUCUUUAUUAUUGUAAUUAGGUAUAUCUUAUAAAAUGUCGUU